GGAUCACCUAACUCCACCAACUCACUUUGCGCUGCGCCGGCGCUACCCGAUCAAGAAGGCUCAGUAUGCGUCCCUGGGGACUCUGCCUUCCAUUUGCUGGGAUGGUUAUCGGCGGAAAACCAGGCUAUCUACUCAUAGCUCCUGCAUGGUCCAGAGCCCGGUGACGGUGAAGAUUGCUCGGCCAGACAGCAACAUUGGCCGUUCCCCACUGUUGGAUCAGCUGGCUUCUCCUUUGGCUUUCUCUCCAACGCCUAACAGUACCCUGGACCCGUGUGCAAAGGAAACUGUGUUGAGUGCCCUUAAGGAGAGUAGAAAGAGGAAUGUGGAAGAUGAUGACCAAAGCUUCCAAAACAACCAGGAAAACAAGAGACGGCGCCAUGACAGCAGCGGAAGCGGACAGUCUGCAUUUGAGCCCCUGGUGGCCAACGGAGCCCUGGCAUCUCUGGUACCCAAGCCUGGUUCCCUGAAGCGGAGCCUCAUCUCCCACUGUUUGGACAACUGCUCCUCCAAGAGGUCGCGCACGUCUUCCCUCAGUUCCGUGAACAGCCUUUACGUGGGCGGCAUUCCCAGCUCCAUCCGGAAUGCCAUCGCCAGCUCCUACAGCUCCACCCGAGGCCUCUCUCAGCUGUGGAAGAGAAGCGGCCCAAGCACUUCUCCUCUCUCCAGCCCGGCUUCCUCCCGUUCGCAGACUCCUGAAAGGCCUAACAAGAAAGCGAGGUACCCCGACUCCAGCCUCAUAGAGGCUGAGUCUCACCAAUCCAACACGUCAACGCCGGUGAAGGCAAACGCGGAGAAGCAGGCAGAGAAGAAUGCAGAAACACCCGUGCCGAAUAGGCACAGCUCUCUAAGCUUGCAGUCCUCAUCUAGCGGCAACAGCAAACGCAAGCGCAAGAUCCAGCUGCUCUCUGCUCGGCGUGGAGAGAAUUUCACCUUGCCUCCUCCGCCUCAGGUGGGCUAUGCUGUCACUUCUGAGGACUUGGAUGCAGAAAAAAAGGCAACUCUGCAGUGGUUCAACAAGGUCUUGGAGGAGAAAACUGAUUCUACCCCAACCACAUCUGCAGAGACCGCCUCCCCAUCCAGUACCUUGUCCUCGCUGAUGCCCGCUAAGCCCGCCUCUGUGCCGUUGGCUGGCAUGGCUGUGGGGACCAAUCCGCUUCUGGAGAGCCUGAAGAAGAUGCAAGAGGGACACAGCGGUGUGGUGCAGGCAGAUGCCGCUUCUACCACACAGACUCCUCAGACAACAGCCCAUGCAGUUUCCCUGGAGUUAGGCUCCCCUACGUCUGCGACCUCAUCGGAAGCCAAGCCCUCGCUCACGCUAACUGGACCUCCUUCCUCGGCUCCUUCUUCCUCCCCUGCUGCCCAGCCUGCCAGCAGUAUGAGCAGCUUGGUAACAACUUCCUCUGAAUUGGGCCAAACCCCCUCGAGGCCCUCCUCGGCCCCAAAGCCAAGCAUCCUCUUUGGAAUGCUCACCAGCCCUCCAGCCAGCCAGCCCGCUGCAACAACAGCAGCCGCAGCGUCUUCUGUUUCCAACACCGCGCCUGUAUUCAAACCUAUCUUUGGCAGCGUGGCAAAAGUUGAGAGCGCCGGUUUCUCUGCAGGCAGCACCGUCACCCCGUCUCCUGGGACGGCACCCUCCUCUGCUCCUACUCCUCCUGCUACCCUCAGCAGCAGCAGCACGUUCAAGCCCAUCUUUGGGAGCGUGUCCCCAAUGGCUACUGCUGCCCCAUCCACCACCACGGGGUCUUUCUUUUCAUUCAAGAACACCCCUCAGCCAGCUCUGGCCGCCAGUCUGCCCGCCACCACCUCGAGCACAUUGUCCGGAUUUCCUGUUCUCUCUGAGUCUGUUGUGACCACAGCGAUGUCUCCCUCGGCCACAGUCAGCGGGACGACAGUCUCGACGGGCACACCAGUGUUCAGCUUCGGCCUGGGCGUGCCAGCUGCCACCUCUGCACCCAGCACCACGGCGGCUGUCACCACUGCAUCGUCCCAGCCCUUCAUGUUUGGAGUCCCCUCCAGCGGCGCUGCGGCCUCCAGCUCAGCUGCAGCGCCGCUUUUCCAGUUCGGGAAGCCAUCGACCACCUCUGGACCCAGCAACGCCAUGGCGAGCUCUGCCUUCAGCCAGGCACCCGCCAGCACAGCGGAUUCUGUUCCUGGCAGCACCACCACCGCUGCCACAGGCUUCGGUAUCUUCAGCAGCGGGGCCACCACCACUCAGGCCCCGUCUGCCGCACCGCCUUCAACGCAGCCCACACUGACAUUUGGGUCCUGCCCUUCUGCUUUCAGCGGGGCCUUUGCCACCCCUUCGAAACCACCCCCUCCGUACACCGGGGAUGCCAGCCAGCUGACUUUUGAGCCCGGCGUCCCUGACGGGCAGCAGCAGCAGCUCAGCACCAAGCCGGCAGCCAGCCCAGUGAACUUUGGAACGCCCUUCAACUUCUCUGGCUCGGUCGCUCAAUCCGCUGCACAGCCAGCGUUUGGCAGCACCGCGCAGGCGACCUUUGGCGGGACCGGGCCUCUAGCAUCCUUCGGCGCCAAAAGUACCGCCCAGCCUGCGUUCGGAGCCACGACGUCCAUCUUCUCCUUCGGGACGGCCACCACAUCAGCUGUGUCAGGUUUUGGAUCCAACACCCAGACGACGAACAGCAGCACAGGGGUCUCGGUGUUUGGCAGCGCUGCCCCGUCUCCAUUCACGUUCGGGGCCUCGAACGCGCCAACGGCGGCAGGUGGCACCUUCGGGAUGGGAGCUCCGGCGGCAGCGGGGGGCUCCAGCGCCCCCAUGGUGGGCUUCAGCUUCGGUGGGCAGAGCGGGACUGUGGGUGCAGUGGCGCCCUUCGCCUCUUCCUUGCCACAAAUCCCGCUGGGUGCACCGAGCCAGAAUACGCCCUUUGCUUUCAAUACCCCUGGCACUCCAGAGAACAAGCCAGCAUUUGGAGGAACUCCUACCCCCACUUUUGGGCAGAGCUCUCCUGCACCGGGAGGAACUACUGGGGGCAGUAACCUUUCUUUUGGAACCCUCAUCCCCCCAGCCUUUGGAGGAUCAGGGCCUACAUUUGGGCCAUCGGCACCUGCAUUCUCCAUUGGGGCAGGAACCAAAACGAGCCGGCAACGGUUGCAGGCCCGACGGCAGCAUACCCGUAAAAAGUAGCCAGGAGCUUCUUGCUUGGACUGCAGCUUCUGGCUUUACUCAU